CGGAGCGCGGGGUGCCCGCGGCGGGGCCAGCGGCCGGCGCACCAUGCCCGAGCCCGCCGCCGGGGUCCCGGCCGGGGACGAUGCCAGGCGCCCGGGAGAGGCCAGGGCGGCGGCGGCGGCGCGAUGGCGGUGACAAGCCCUGCCCGCGGCGGCGGCGGGGAGCGCGCGCCCUCCGGGCGGCGGGGCUGCGGACUCGCGCCGGCCGGGGCCGCGGCGCUGCUGGCCGGGGCGAGCUGCCUGUGCUACGGCCGCUCCCUGCAGGGCGAGUUCGUGCACGACGACGUGUGGGCGAUCGUGCACAACCCCGACGUGCGGCCCGGCGCCCCGCUGCGCUGGGGCAUCUUCAGCAACGACUUCUGGGGCAAGGGCAUGGCCGAGAACACCAGCCACAAGUCCUACCGGCCGCUCUGCGUCCUCACCUUCAAACUAAACGUCUUUCUGACUGGCAUGAACCCAUUCUACUUUCAUGCAGUAAAUGUGAUUUUACACUGCCUUGUGACUCUCGUGUUGAUGUACACCUGCGACAGAGCUGUCUUCAGGAGUCGCGGACUUGCUUUCGUGACAGCUUUGGUUUUCGCCGUGCAUCCUGUUCACACCGAGGCAGUGGCUGGAAUUGUUGGCAGAGCUGAUGUGUUAGCGUGCCUGCUCUUUCUGUUGGCCUUUCUCUCCUACAACAGGAGUGUGGAGCGGUGCGGUGUUGGGGAGCGUUUCCCUCCCACAGCCUCUCCCUUCUUCUUGCUGCUCAGUUUGUUCCUGGGGACGUGUGCGAUGCUGGUCAAAGAGACGGGUAUCACGGUGUUCGGAGUGUGCCUGGUGUACGAUCUCUUCUCCCUGUCCCACGAGCAAGAGAAACCGAGCAACGGGGUGAUCCGCCAGCGCAGCCCGCCGCAGCCCGGGGGCGCCCAGCCCUCCUUGCCGCCCGCGCACCCUCUCCGGGAGGAUGGGAAGCAGCAGCGGGCCCACCGAGGGGCCUGGGGGGGCUGCCCCUCCUCGUCUCCAGCAGAGCCGAAGAGCAGUGGAUUCCCCGCGUCUCCUCGGGCGGUGUGGUCCAUGAUGAGGUAUCUGACAGCAAGCAACAAUAGAAAUUUCCUGCUUACCAUGAGGCCAUUCUUAAAAAGGGCCAUUUUGGUCAUAAGUUAUGUGGUGGUGGUUUUGUACUUCCGUUUGUGGAUAAUGGGCGGAUCUAUGCCCCUCUUUUCAGAGCAGGAUAAUCCAGCUUCAUUUUCGCCUUACAUUCUUACAAGAUUCCUUACCUAUUCCUACCUCUUGGCCUUCAACAUGUGGCUGCUUCUUGCACCUGCUACCUUGUGCUAUGACUGGCAGGUUGGCAGCAUCCCUCUGGUCGAGACCAUCUGGGACAUGCGGAACUUAGCUACCGUCCUUCUGGCAGUUGUGGUGGCCUUCCUGAGCCUUCAUUGUUUAGCAGCGUUCAAGGAUGCGAAACGCAUGGGCUACUGCAUCCUCUUCGUGCACGGCCUGAGCAGGCUCUGCACCGGGCUACACCGAGGCGGGACCACCACCCUGACCGUGUCCACCACGCUGCUGCUACUGCUCUUCUCAUGGAAAACUGUGAAGCAGAAUGAAAUCUGGCUGUCAAGAGAGUCCCUGUUCAGGUCUGGAGUCCAAACUCUGCCCCACAAUGCCAAGGUCCACUACAACUAUGCCAAUUUCCUGAAGGACCAAGGUCGGAACCGGGAAGCCAUCUACCACUACAGUACGGCCCUCAAGCUCUAUCCACGCCAUGCCAGUGCCCUGAACAACCUGGGAACACUGACAAAAGACACAGCCGAGGCAAAGAUGUACUACCAAAGGGCUCUCCAGCUAAAUCCACAGCACAACCGGGCCCUUUUCAAUCUCGGGAAUCUCCUUAAGUCCCAGGAGAAAAAAGAAGAGGCAGUCACCUUACUGAAGGAUUCCAUUAAAUAUGGGCCAGAAUUUGCAGAUGCAUAUUCAAGCUUAGCUUCAUUAUUGGCAGAGCAGGAGAAAGUCAAGGAAGCAGAGGAAAUAUACCAGGCUGGAAUAAAGAACUGUCCAGACAGCUCAGACUUACAUAACAACUAUGGGGUUUUCUUAGUUGAUACUGGCUCUCCAGAGAAGGCAGUGGCUCAUUACCAGCAGGCCAUCAAACUUAGUCCAAGUCAUCAUGUGGCCAUGGUGAACCUGGGGAGACUGUACAGGUCUUUGGGAGACAACCGCGUGGCUGAAGAAUGGUACAAACGCGCCCUGCAGGUGGCACGCAAAGCUGAGAUACUAUCCCCUUUGGGAGCAUUAUAUUACAACACUGGCCGGUAUGAAGAGGCUUUGCACAUUUACCGGGAAGCUGCAGCACUUCAGCCUUCGCAAAGGGAACUCCGCCUGGCGCUGGCCCAGGUUUUGGCCGUGAUGGGUCAGACGAAAGAAGCUGAAAAGAUGACCCAUCACAUUGUGUCCGACGAGACUGGGUGCCUGGAGUGCUACCGCCUGCUGUCAGCGAUCUACAGCAAGCAGGAGCGGCAUGACAAGGCACUUGAUGCUAUAGACAAGGCCCUCCAGCUGAAACCAAAGGACCCAAAAGUCAUCUCUGAACUUUUUUUCACAAAAGGAAACCAACUAAGAGAACAGAAUCUUCUGGAUAAAGCUUUUGAGAGCUACAAAGCAGCCGUGGAACUGAAUCCAGAUCAAGCACAGGCCUGGAUGAACAUGGGUGGGAUCCAGCACAUCAAGGGAAACUAUGUGUCUGCACGAGCUUAUUAUGAGAGAGCCUUACAGCUGGUUCCAGACAGCAAACUGCUACAGGAAAACCUCGCCAAAUUGGACCGCCUGGAAAAACGAUUACAAGAAAUUCGAGAAAAGGAUCAACCGUAGCAGCAUUUGACCCAGUCUCAAGGGACGGCGCCAGUGUCUCUGGCUAAGGAGGAAGUGGCGGAAGCCUUGCUCACCUAUCAUCAGAAACUCAACCAGUGAAGCUUUCCCCUCAUGCGAGCUCCGAGGGUGCGACUGGGAAAGCUGGUAACCCUGUGCUGAGGGACUUGUAUUUUCCACAGGAGACAAGAAGACCAAGCGCGCUGGAGGUGUGAGGGGGAAAGAGAACAAGUCCUACACCUUUGACAGGUGGUUGUUGGCUUUCAUUCCAGAUUUCCCUUCAUAUAUUUCCCUGCUUUUCCAAGCUGGAAAUCUGAUUCCAUCUCUUCGUGUGGGCACAGAUGCUUGAAAUUCUAUAGUGCAAAGCAUCUCUUCUUGAUGAGAUGAGAUACUUCAAAGAGGAGAAAUCUGGGAUAAGCCCCUGGGGAAUUCUAAAAAGAGGUGGCUCGUUUAGUUCUCCAGAACCAGAAAUGAGUAUCUAAAGUUUUUGUAGAACCUUCUAGAACAUGUGGGGAAAGGGCUCUUGUUAAGUGAGUUUUAUCUAAUGGCCCCCUAAAGGUAUUGCUAGAACCCUGUUGAAGAGUAAAUUAAAUUCCACUCUGGUGCAAGCUUUCCCCUUUGCCUCAUGUAUCACAGAGUAAGCUUCUCGAAUUGUGUGGAUAUUCUUAUCCGUAGGGGAAAAUCGAGGAUCUUGGUACCCCUAAUUCUUCAUGAAAAUGUUUAAGACUAUUUUAAUUUUAUUACAAGUAUUACUAGAGUAGCUGUUCCACUCUACAAUUUCAAAAGUGCUUUUAAAAUCAUAAACAUUUCUGCCUCCAAAUAUAUUGUUAUUUUGGUGGAGAAAAAAAUAGUAUAUUCUACAUGAGAAAUAUUAAAGCUAUUAACAGAGAAAUGUUCUACUUUAUUAUCUUAACAUUCAGACAUCCUGAGGUUUAUUAUUUUUUUGAAAAAGAUAUUUAACUGUUGAGGAAUCUUUACAAUAUAUCACAAAGAUCUCAUAGAGUCUAAAUAGAUAAAGGGAGCGCUAUUGGUUUGUCUUCCUAGGCUUAGUGAGAAUUCUGUGCAUAGAACCCUAGUUAUAGAAACUCAGAAUUCUUAGUUCUGGGUCUGUAAUUUUUGGAGCUUUUAUGGAAAACACUCAAAAAAUCUAGGAAAAAAGUUUAAAUUCAUAAUUUUAAAUAUAUAUAUUUAUAUUUAAAAGAUAGGGAUGGCAAAGGUGAACUUAAAAUUUGACAUUUGUUUCUUAGCAUUAUUUAUUCAUAACUUAUAAACUAUUUAAUAUAUGUAUGCACACACAUUUUCCUCUCUGUACCUAGUGGUUUUAAUAGCAGCUUUCAAAACUGAUCAUACAAAAAUUAUAAAUGUAAGUUACAAAGUAGUUGAGUCUUAGCCCCUUAAAAAAUGUGUAUUGAUUAUUCACUUGCUAAAGAUAAAGAAAUUAGGAAUCAGCCCUAAUUUCAAAUCGGAACAAAUCAGAACACCUGAGUCUACGGUGGCCAUUGUCAUAAACUUUUUUUUUUUAAACCUGCUCUGGGCAAUACUGUUCAUGGUGCUGAGCCGGGCGUCAUAUAGAUGCGUCAGUCUGGAGGCACGGAAUCGCACAGGCCCAGGCGGGGGCAGGGUAAAAAGCCUUGUCUUUUCAACUCAGUGUCAGGAAGCGCUGCCCCUCUCUUGUGUCUUUGUCAAGGUAAGUGUAGGUGAAAUGAAGGGAAACCUCCUUGGAAAGGGAUGAUGGGAGGGCUAUUUUAAAUGCAAACAAUUAUGGAAUUUGAAUUAGCGUACUUGUGUUCAUGUGCAUCAAUGAUGUUUUUAUGUUACCAUUAUAAUCGUCUGCUAAUGCCUUUUAAUGCUAUACAUCAUAAAUUUAUCCAAAAUGGUAUUAAAAUAGUUUUCUUCCUUCCAAAAUUAUACUUCUAUAGUCCUAAGGCCCAGACUUGUACUACAGUGCUUACAAUAAAGUAACCAGCCCACCCCCAAAUGGAAACACAUGUAGCCUAGCUAAAAACAGUAUCUAGAACUUUAAUCCCAAUUUUUAAGAAUGAUCUGUAACCAGAACUCAAGCUUAGAAAGUGAAUGGAAAAAAAACUGAGCCCCAAAUUUUGGAAAACAAUUAUGCCUUAAUUGAAGUGCUGCUAAAGGUAGGAGAGGACAUUCGGUAGGAUAAUACAGAUUUAUGGCCUAAAAGUUCCCGAAAGAAAAGGGUCACGUGGCCUUCAGGAGACUUUAUGCCUUCUGGGUGCUUUUCUCUUCCUCUGUCUCUGUCUGUCCCUUUCUCUACUUCUCUUCCUCCUUAUCUCUUUUUUGUCACUCUGUCUCCUGUCUGCUCACAUCUCUUUGAACGUAACAGUAACACUGUUGGUUGGAUCGGGUAUUUCUGUCUUGUGUUCAUACCUUCACUGAGAUGUGGCCAGUGGAAUAGCUUUCAUAGUUGAAUUGUGCCUACAAGAAAAUACACCACAUGUUAUUUUUCAAAGACAUUAGGUAUAUUUUAUAACUUCUUAUUUGUUCUUGUAACAUGAAAUAAUAUGGGUAAUUUGUCCAUACCAAAUUAAAAAAGGAGUGCCCUGGCUAGUCGUGGGGAUGGACCCCGGUCGCCCUUGAUGAAAGCAUGUUGGCGCGUGGGCUGGUAGCCCCUUCCGAGCUGGAACUGCACAGCCAGCUUCGGGGAUGUGCACCCCUCGGGGCUUUGCCCUCAGAAGCCCCUCGUGCUUGGUUGAAUGCUCUGCCUCAAGUUCGUAAGGUAUUAUUUUUGAACAAGGGGGUCCCACAAUUCCGCUUUGCACUGGGUCCUUAACUAGGCCCUGAGGACAAGACAGGAGUCGCUUUAGUGUGUCUGAACACUUGAUCCAGUGAUCAGAGUUUCAUGGGAGUGUGUCUCUGAGCAGCACGUGCUGUUUUUAUCUCCGCUGCACAUUGAGUUCCUUGCGUACAUAUAUCCCCAUCUUGCCAAUCUUUCUAACCUGUUCUUCCUUCCUACCUAGAGCCAAUUCUCCUUGCCUUCAAAGUCCCCGAUAAUGGCAGUCCUUUAACAUGUCCUUUGACAUAGGGGCCAUAAGAAUGGCUUUGCAAAUGUAUUUCAACCUUUAGAAUUAUUCAGGAUUUUUAAAAUGAUUCAUGUUUUCAAUCUGUUGAUGGUAUUCGUAAAACAUGGUUCGAUGAUGUAACAUAAGUGAACUAGACCAAAGAUACCUUAGAGGGAAAGGCAGUUUCAUGAAUCCUGAGAUAGAUUCUUUGGGGUUUGUUUACUUUGAAGUCUAUCACAAAACAAAGAGGAUCACCAGCAGUUCAAUUCCAGCUCCCACUCGUACUUCGCAGCCCUGCACCAGCUCCUGGCGCUCCUAACAGGUAGCAACCGUUUGAUGCAGGGUUUUGCAGUGGUUGUACAAAUGCUCCUAUGCAACUGCUUUUCAACAAGACUCAUUGAGAAAAUCCAAGGCUUUCUAAACCCACCUACAAAUACUUUAAGUUGAUGGGGAAUAAAAAUAAAUGUGUGGUUUCUUAUUGUCCCUAGUAAACAUUGCAGGCCCCUCAGAUAGAAAAGCUGCAUUCAGCUAAUAGUUGAGAUCUAUUCCCUCACACAGUGGGGCUCUCAACCCUGGCUGGACUUUAGGAUUUUUAUGAUUAUUCUUGAAAUUUUGAUAUAAAAGCAAAAUAUGUUGGACCGUUCUAAAAAUAGCACUUCCCUCGUUGGUUUUGUUUGUAGUAGCCCUAUAACUUAAGGAGAAUAAAUAAAGAGCAACCAAAGGAAUGUUUUAAUAUUAGUAAAAUAAAAUGGCACAACAGAAUUGAUGCCAUUCAUAUCUGCCCAUUGGCUCAUAUAAAAAUGUUCCAUUUAAUCACCAAAGAUCUUUUAAUAGAAACCUUUAGGACAUGUAGCCCCAUAAAAUCUAUACCCUUCAUGAUAUGUGGUUUUUACCAGUUUCUAAGUUUAGACUACCAUUCACUUCCCAAACUGGAAAGAUGUGUCUGUGUGCAGAAAUCCAGGAAUUCCUUCUCAUUCUCAGUGAAUGUAUUUGUAUCACGUUUGGAAGAUUCCAGUGUGCAUUAGUCCUUUUGAGGCAGUCUGGGUGGUCCACAGGAAGGGUGACCCAGUCCAAGGAGCAGGAGAUCAGGUUCUAGUCCUGCUCUGCUGCAAGGAGCUGCCUUACCCUGGGCAGGUGACUGAGUAUCUCAGUCUGUUUGUCACCUGGUCAAGGACUGGUUAGUUCUGUGGAACUGUCAAGCCCUAGGAGUCCCCUAAAACUAGCCUGAGAGCCCUCUACAUCUAAAGAGAUACCUGAUAAAUGUUGCCCUUUGUUCUAGAAAUUCUUAAGAUAAUCACCACACCAAAACACAUUAAAAGUAAAUGCACUGCCCAGGUGCUUUAACUUGGCAGGGGAAACUACUCUGAAUUUUGCACUCUUGCGCACAUAAAAAUUAGUGGUUUUGUUGUGAUUACUGAGGGGAAAAGAAAACAUUUUUAAAAAUUUCCUCCUAAGGCACUAGAAUAUCUGUAGAAGCCACGGCUUGCUUUUAUAAUGUGGAGAUCAUUUAAUUGCUGUGACUCACCCUAAUCCCUCCUUUUGUCAGGGAGAAAUGAUUUUUACAUUGUGUUCUUUGUUCAUAAUUCUUUUAUUUUGUACUUUGAUCAGUUGUAUGUAACUGUACAUUUCUGUUAACUUUUGCUGUGCCAGUUAGAAAUAUAUCUCCCAUAAAGUAUUUCGUCCAUUUAAGUCAGUUUAUGUAUACCAUGCCUAGGUCCUUCCAAAUAAAGUUUAUGUAAAUGUCUAUUUUAUAUAAAAUAUAAUGAAAAUAA